CCCUGUCACACUGUCCCGAAAUUGACUCCCGAUGGACACACGAAUAUGGAAUUGUGAAUUUUGCACGAAGAUGGCCCCGAACUUGGUCAUCGGCCAAGCAACAGCCGAAGCAAGUACGAUGCCUACAGAAGGCCACACGAUGGCACCCGAACCCCCCACGAAGGCGACACGUGACCUCCCGAUGGCAGGGAGAGGCAGACGGAAGAAGCUGGCUGUUAAAUACACUCAGAAGAGGAAACUGAGGUCCAAGAACACAGCACUGAGUCUGCAACCAGAGAGAGAAAGGGGAGGAAAUGCAAGAAAGUCGGGCCAACUAAAACUCCAGAGCGGCCCCCAGAGGGUUCCAGGUCUCCUCAGCAGUCCGAAGAGUCUCGGCAGCAUUCACCUUCUCCUCGUCGUAACAGACAUCCCGAAUCCUCGGAGGAUGAAGGUAAAUAUUUCUAACUUAUUUUUGGUAUGGAUGGGGGCAGGCUUCGAGUUAUAAACUGUGCUCUAUGGGGAGUCUGCUGCUGCGUGUGAGUGUGUGGGUACGCACGUGCGCACCCACACACACUCACGCAGCAGCAUCAGCCCUCUCUCUACUUGCUACAAACUUAAAUAUGAAAAGGUUCAACUACACACACACACACACAUCAUCGGCAUAGAUUGCGUAAUAAUGUAUUGCGCACCUUGGAGGUGCAGUCCAGCCAUAUUGUCAUUCAAGAGAUGCGUAGUUAUUUUGGAAAGCAUGUUUUUCUUUUAGCCUAUUUACCUCGUUAACAUAAACAAUACUUAUUACAUUGACACAUGCAUUAUUUGUGAUUAAAAUAAUGGUUGUUGGUAAUGUAUUAGCGACCCCCACAGAUGUAUAGUUUCACUGCGUCCAUGGGAGCUCAGACCCCUCCUUAUGUGAGCUCAGCUCCCAUUGGCUCCUACAUAACUUGAACCCUGGAUGGGGGGCAAGAGGGGUAAUUGAUUUUGUUAUAUAUUCUCAUACAUUGUUGUCCUGCAUGUUUUUCAUUUGGUAUCUUUUCAGAUGAGUCAGCCUCCCCCACCCUCCCUGCAGGCAAGUCCAAGCCUGAAGUGGGCAAGGGCGACAAAGGGAAAGGCAAGGCCCAGAAGGAGAACCCACCCCCUGGUGUAUCAUACAGCUUCACAGAGGCGCAGGAGGAGGCAAUCGCUUGCUGGGUGAAGAGUAAGAAGCUACUGUAUGACAUGAAGGACAAACAGUACAAAGAGAAGGCAUUAAAGAGGCACCUAUGGGAGGGAAAGGCUGCGGAGUACAGGUUGGAUUAUCAUUCAAUUCUGAAAUGGUAUCAAACACAGAGGACUCGAUUCUCAAAGCUGCGGGAGGGCCAACCCAAGAAGAAAUCCCAGAAGAGGUCUGGUGAUGGUCUGUCGAGCAGUGACGAGGAAGACCCCAUCCUUGCUGAGGAGGCCAGUGAGAAUGACAGUGACCGUGACAAGUUCAUCCGCCGGGUCUUUGGGUUUCUGAAGCCACACAUCAGACAUCACAACAAGGAAAUACCAGCUAGUUUUAAGGACAAGUUGGCCCUGGCUGAGACGGGUGAGCUGGCUGGGAGUGACGACAGUUUUGCAGACAAAUCCAGGGAGCCCAACAAGAAGUACACUGGCUACCCUACACCGAGACCUCCUUCCAGGACAGGAACAGCUGCUGAGGACCAACCCGAGUCUCCGGAGAUGAGAGUUACCGGAGCAUCAUCCCGUGAUCUCCAAGAUAGGCUGGUUCAGUUCAUCACUACAGAGCAGCCAGUCAACAGGGCCACUCCUUUCUGCAAGUACCUGGAAACUGAACUGGAUCGUCUGCAUGAUGCCUGCCUGGAACCUGCGGAUGAGGACAUCACCACAGUUCUUAACUAUUACCGGAAGAUGUCCAGACAGUUCAGGAUGAGGGAAGCGGCUGGAGACCAGAUCAUUCCCUUCGUAGAUGUCCCGUUGGCAUUAGUCGCAGCAGCAGAGGCCAGUUGCUGUGAACCCAGUCUACACAUCUGCCCUCCCCAGCAGUACCUACUUCUCCGCCAGCAGAGCGGCCUCCUCACCGUCAGCAGAGUUCCAGCCAGGUCCCAGCCAGUGGCCUAAGAACCCACCUCCGGCAUCAGUGUGGAGAUCCCAGGAGUGUGGCUACGUAGAGCAGGUGAACCAGCAGCACAACUUGGAGCAACAGCAGCAGCAGCAGCAGUACCGUACCCUCCAGCCAGCCAGCACUACGUUCUUCCAUCUUCCUUCUCAGCCAGGAAUGCAACAUCCGGUUUCACUAUGAGUGGUCGCAUUUUCGAGAGCUCCCGCUUUGGCGGUUAUUCCUCACGAUUUUUUACAUAUUUCAUCCUCCUGACAAUAUGGAUUAUGGACUCCUACCUCAACUCAUCAAUGAGACAACAUCACUUAGGAGAGUAAUGAAAGCGGGGAUAAAAUGAACCACAAUGACUUUUACCUUCUCAACGGCUGGGAAAGGAAACACCUCGCUUUUGGAAGUGCAAGCAUUCAUGCAUUAUUAACUGCAAACCCGACGCGAAAGUACUUACCCCCGUCAGGCAAACUAGACCGAAGAAGUAUGAUCGUCUUGGUCUUAUUGUUAGCGGGAGACAUCCAUCUGAAUCCGGGCCCGGUGCAGACAAGAAGCCAGUCCUGCAGGCUCGAGCAGCUAGCAUCUCAAUUAGCAUCAGAACUAGCAUCUCUUCCGCUGCAACAACAACUACGCGACGAAGACAGGAGACAGGGAGACCAAGGAAUAAACGGAGACUUCGAGAUUCUCCCGGGGACGCCUCGGCAGACAGACACGCAUGAGGCAGUGACGAGAGGAAGAGAACCGAGAUCCGAGGGAACAAAUAUCCGCCAUGUUGUUAGCCACCCUGCUAGCAUAUCAACGGCUAGGCUACAACGGAGCCUCCCUCCCCCCACCACCACCAGCACCCCACACCACCACCCCACCACGACAAGCCGGUUGCUGUAACGGACAAAGACAAAUAUCUGCAAGCUGACGACAUUGUGCAUUUAAGCAACAAAAAUGGACUACAUAUUUUUCAUCUGAACACUAACAGCCUGAGACACAAACUGGCUGA